GUCGCGAGCUGGCUGCGCGUGCGCUCUGCUGCGCUGGGUGGUUGGUGGAAGUGACGUCAGGGGCGGGUAAAGUUUAAAUCGGCUGCUGGAGGCGAGAGGCAGCUGCAAUGGAAAACACAUUUCCCGUGUACAAAGUCGACGCUAUUGUGCAGUUUUUCCGCACAGAUGUUUUAACGGGCCAAGAAGCGAAGCACUUCGCUAAAAGUGAUCUCACUCCAAACCCCAAGGCAGAUGUUAUACAAAGAGUCUACAUGAGGGUGCUACAGCUUCUGUAUGGUUUCCGUCCUGAAUGCCAUUACCUGGCACCUCUAUCUGAAAACAUCCAGUGUAUGUCUUUGUAUGAAUAUGCCACUCCAAUUAUGAGUGUCUACUUGUCCAUGUGCCAGUUUUUACCGAUGUGUCAUGUGUACGACUUUUCACUGAAUGACUUGCUCAAUCCAAAGCCAAAACGCACAAUCACCAUCCUGAGUGGCAUCCAGAACUUUCUACACUUUAGGAAACAGAGGCUGGAAAUAAUAGCAGGGCAUCAGCAAGCUUUUCGGGCAGACAUGGAUAAACUUCAGGCUUGCAACAAAGGAAUUAAGGAUGCUGAGAAGAUGAUUGAGAAGCUGAUGAUUAUCCCACCAGAGCAGCAGGCAGAAGCUAAGGAGUUGGCAGCUGCCCUCAAAGAAGUAAACAGUGCCACCACACAGGAGUCCCAAGAAGUGAGUGCCCUGAAUGAACAGGUGGCCGAGUGCAAAACUGAAAUUGCAGAAAAGUCACAGAAACUGAGCCAGAGGAAGUUAGAAGUGGCCACCCAGAAGGAUGAGAUCGCCAAGCUCAAGUCACAGAUAGUAGAAUCCCCCGAAGAAGUCAAAAAUGAAAUGGAGAAGAUGAAGGAAAACAUCAAGAACAUAAAGAAUUCAAAGGAGCUGGCUGAUGAGAUGCUGGUAGACCUGCAGAUCAAGGUGCAGUGUGCCAGCCAGGGGGAAGCAGACAUCCAGGUCAUACUGAAACAGCUGCAUGACCUGCAGGCUAGCAUGUGCAAGACCAACCAGCAGAAGGAGGAGGUCCAGAGCUUGGUGGCCCUCUCUGAGAACCUGCAGAAGGAGCUGAAGGCCCUUAGCAAUGAAGAGGGUCAGAUGAAGAGAGCGCUGGCCAUGAAACUAGACAAGGAGUCCAAGCAGCAGAUACGCCGCCAGAAGAAGAAGGAGCUAAAGGACCAGCAUGUCCAAAGUAUUAUUGGGCAAUAUGACAAAAUCCAUGAAAAACGGGAGGAAAUUGUGGAACGGAUAAAGCACAUCAACUCAGAAACCCGGCAGUUCAAGGAGAAGAUGCAGAAGCUGCGAGACACCUGCAACCAGAACAGUGAAAAGGCUCAGGCUAUCUAUGAUCGUCUUCUGACCACACUGGAGCAGUUCCACAAGCGCAUUGAGAAUAUUGUGGUAGAGGCCACUGCAGACAUGACGAAAAUGAAAACUGUGUUUUAAACUAAUUUUUGUAGACACAGUUUUGAGGUAUGCUUCCUUUUUGUCAUUGUAGUCCUUUUUUGAAUAUUUCCAUUUAUGUGUGUGUGUGUAUAUUGUUCUACUGUAAAUAAUUGUGCUCCUCUGUUUUGUUGAAUAAAAUUCCAUAUCUUUGUUCGA